GCCGACUUGGAGGAGGCCGCGAACGAGGCGAAGCAAGCGGAUGAACGCUCCAAAAAGGCGAUUGCCGACAGCGCUCGAGUCUUCGAGGAGAUCCGUCAAGAGCAAGAACACACGCAACACAUCGAAAAGGCGCGAAAACAGUUGGAGCUACAGAACAAAGAGCUACAAGCUCGUCUGGAGGAGAGUGAAUCGGGCGCCAUGAAGGGCGGCAAGAAGGCGUUGGCCAAACUGGAGCAACGAGCGCGUGAGUUGGAGGGCGAGUUGGAGGCUGAGCAGCGCCGACACGCCGAGAGCCAGAAGAACCUGCGCAAAGUGGACCGUCGGCUGAAGGAGGUCUCUUUCCAGGCCGAAGAGGACAAGAAGAGCCACGAUCGCAUGCACGAGUUGGUGGAGAAGCUGCAGGGCAAGAUCAAGACCUACAAGCGUCAGGUGGAGGAGGCCGAGGAGAUAGCCGCCAUCAACCUGGCGAAGUACCGCAAGAUCCAGCAUGAGAUUGAGGACGCAGAAGAGCGUGCCGAUCAGGCGGAACAAGCUCUGCAGAAGCUGCGUGCCAAGAACCGAUCCUCCGUGUCAACAGCUCGCGGGACCAGCGUCGCUCCGCCCGGCAACGCUGUAAGCCAAUAA